AUGAUAAGCGAGGGCGAGCCUGUUCCAUCUUUUGAACUGCAGGAUGCAGACGGAAAGCUGGUCAGUUCAUCUGAUCUUGCAGGCCAAAAAUACGUGAUCUACUUUUAUCCAAGGGACUUUACGCCUGGGUGCACCACGGAGGCAGACGAGUUUGCAAAAAACUAUGAAAGAUUCAGAGAAGCCGGCAUCGAGGUAAUCGGAAUCAGCCCCGAUGAUACCAGAUCCCAUAGAAAGUUCUGCGACAAGAUGGGAAUCCGCUUUCCGCUGCUGUCGGACACGGAAAAGCAGGUGUCCCAAAAAUUUGGGGUCUGGGCGAAGAAGAAGUUCAUGGGCCGGGAGUACAUGGGCGUCGUCCGCAGCACGUUUCUUGUUGACGAGAGCGGCAAAAUCUUCAAGAUAUUUGCAAAGGUAAAACCUGCAGGUCAUUCAGAGCAGGUGCUGGGAAUGUUCGCAAAUUAA